GGAUUAUUCGGUGGGUGGGCCUCAGGCUAUUUGUCUAAAAGGUAACAGGUUGUGCGAGGAGGAUAAUUUGCAUUUCUACUGAAAGUGGAAUUAGCCUAUACCCGAAGCCAUAUAAUUUAAUCCUUGUUUUUCUGUUCCCCCCUAUAACGUCUGGGCAUACUUGAAAAUACCUUUAAAUUUAUCUAUCAGGACCAAAACAACGGGGACGAGAACCACAGCUCAAUAAGCGAUUGAGAAUCGACAUUUGUCACAGAGAUGAGCACUCUCUCAGCGGAGCGGAAGGCGCCGCUGGACUACGGGGUGCAGAUCCGCUUCAUCAAUGACCUGCAGGACUCGGGCGGGGGCUACCCGCUGGGCCCGCGGGGGGGCGGGGGGGGCGUGGGCAGCCCGCUCACCUCGCCCACCUCCAAGUACGGCGUGGCGGUGCGGGUGCAGGGCAUCGCCGGGCAGCCCUACGUGGUCCUGAAGGAGGGCGAGAAGGGCGACUCGUACGGGGUGCAGCUGAAGAGCGAGGCCCCGCCCCCGGCCCCGCCCCCGACCUCCUACAGCCUGCCCCGCAGGAAGGAGGAGAGGGGCGGGGCCGCGCCCGCCCAGCCCCUGGGCCGCGCCCACUCGCAGGACUCCCUCCUGGAGAGGCGGGCCAUGGCGGAUUUCCGGGGCCUGGUGGCGCGGCCCCCCGGGGACGGGCGCUCGGGGAGCCACGGGGCCCUGGACGGGGCGGCGGCGGCGGGCGGAGGAGAAAAGGCGGCCCUCAACGGGGAGGCGGGGCUCAGGGCAGGGGAGGGGCGGGGCUUACCCGCCGAGUCCUUCCCGGACCCGCCCCCUCCGGUCGCGCCCCUGGACGACGGCCCCUCCUCGGCCGUGGACACCCACUCCCUGGCCCCCAUCAACAGGCUCAUCAGCAAGUUUGGCGGCGGCGGCGGCGAUGGUUCCGCGGGCCCGCCGCGGGGCCGAUCCAAGCCUCAGCUCCGGCCGAAGCCCGGCGCCCUGGACGUCCACGACGGCGUCCCGGAGGCCUUGGCUCCGCCCCCGCUCCCUUCCCUCUCCCCCUCCCCCUCGCCCGUCCCCAACCCCUACGGCUCCUCCCCUCCGCCCUCCUCCGCCUCCUCCUGCAGCAGCCUGGGGCGGAGCUACAGGUCCAGCAGCAAAGCCAUGUCCCGCCCCCUGGCCUCCACGCCCCCCUCUAGUUGGUCGGCCGGGAGGGUGGUUGCCAAGGAGACGCCACAGAUAGCCCAGACAGAGAAGCAGGUCACUCCUGACCUGCUGAGGGACCAGGGUCAAAGUUCAGAGGUUGCCAGCAAGGAGGAGAGAACCAAACAAGCCAUCUAUAGCAUCCUGAAGGAGGGGUCCAGUGAAAGCGCGGCCGCCACCAAUCGCAAGGUCGACCUCAUCUUGGAGAAGCUCCAGGACCUCGGGGUGUCCCAGGGCGCUGACCCCACCAUGAAGGCGGAGCUUGAGGAGUGCCUGGAGGAGAACCUGCGGCUGCAGGAGCAGCUGGACCGCAAGAAGGCCGAGCUGCACCAGACCCACAGCGAUGUGACGCAGCUCCGGAUGGAGAGGGAGGCGGCCGAGCUGAGGGGGCGGGUCCUGGAGGACCAGCUGGCCCAGCAGCAGGAGGACCUGAGGAGGGCGGCGGAGGACGCGGCCCAAACAGAGACUCUGCACACGGAGCUCUCCGGGGAGGCGCAGCUGCGCCAGCGGCUGGAGGACGCCCUGCGGCAGCGGGAGAGGGAGCUGACCGCCCUGAAGGGGGCGCUGAAGGACGAGGUGGCCACGCACGACCAGGAGAUCGAGGCCCUGAGAGAGCAGUACGCCCUGGACAUGGAGAGACUGAGGAGCAGCAUGGAGCAGGUCGCCCAGUCCCAGCAGGGUUACAGUGUGUCACGGUUGUUGUGUUUGUGCAGGCUGCUACAGGCCCGUCUGGAGAAGGAGGAGUUUGAGGAGGAACUGAAGGAGCUGCAGGAGAGACUGAACUCUAUGAAGGAGCAGAUACCUGAUUCUAGCCACGCACAGACCCUCACACAGGACCUGUAUCAGUGCCAGGACAGCCUGAAACGGGCCCGGUCGGACCUGGAGCAGCUCCGAAUCCAGCUGGACAGGAAGGGGGCGGAGCUGCUGUCCCUGAAGAAAGCCAGUGAGGACCGGGAGGCGGAGCAGAGUCGGGAGAUUGACAGACUGAAGCAGCAGUCGCAGGGGGACAGAGAGGAGCUGGCCCAGGCUCUGGAGAAGGCCAAGCAGCCGGCGGCGGCGGAGGCGGGCUGGGAGGCGGAGCGUCUGCGGGACCGGCUGGCGGCGACGCAGAGGGAGCUGCAGGCCCAGAAGGCCGAGCAGCAGGAGCUGCAGGAGACCAACACGCGGCUCAGAGACAAGAUCACCCGCCUGGAGGCCCGUCUGGAGUCCAGCUCGUCGCAGAGCUCGGAGGCGGAGCUGGCCCUGGAGGAGGAGAACAAGGGCCUGCGGGCCCAGCUGGAGGAGGCGCGGCGGGGGGCGGCCCGGCUGGGGCAGGAGAGGGAGGAGCUGAGCCGCCGGCUGGAGGAGCGGGACCGCGAGAGGGAGGGGCUGAAGAGGGGCAAGAGCGAGCUGGAGGAGCAGAAGAGACUGCUGGACCGAUCUCUGGAGAAGAUCGGCAAGGAGAUGGAGCAGCUGAGCUCGGAGUCCCGGCUGUGCGUGCAGGGGCUGCAGGCGCAGCUGGAGGAGUACCGCGAGCGCUCCCGAAAAGAGCUGCAGGACGCCCAGCGCCAGGGCAAGGACCGGCUCAACGAGCUGCAGCGGGCACAGGGCACCGCCCGCUCCCUGCAGGAGGAGCUGUUGCGGCUGAAGAAGGAGCUGCUCCUGUGCAGUGAGCAGAGGGACAGCGCCCAGCUGGAGAAGGAGCUCCUCUCCAACCGCCUCAAACACAGCGAGGAGGAGCUGGGCGCCGAGAAGAGUCUCCACGGCGACCGCAGCCGGGAGAUCCGCGCCCUGGAGGACCAAGUGAAACAGCUGGAGCUGGACCUGGAUGAGGAAAAGACCAACGCAGAGCUUCUGAGUGACCGUGCCACACGCAGCCGGGACCAGGUAGACCAGCUACGUUCGGAGCUGAUGCAGGAGAGGGCCUGCAGACAGGAUGUGGAGGUGGAUAAGAGUGUUCUGGAGAGACAGCUGAAGGAGCUGAGGGGCCGUUUGGCUGAUGUGGAGGGUCAGACUGCGCGCCCCUCCACGGGGGUGUCCCAGCUGGAGACCAAAGUGCAGGAGCUGGAGGAGCGACUCCACAGCGAAGAGAGGGAGAAGAGCAGUCUGCAGGCAGCUCAGAGACGGAUGGAGAGGAGGCUGAAGGAGCUGAACAUCAUAAUGGAGGAGGAGAGACAGAGACAGUCUGAACAGAAAGACCAGCUGGCCCUGCGUGUGAAGGCCCUGAAGAGGCAGGUGGAUGAGCGGGAGGGAGAGGUGGAGAGGCUGGAGGGACUGCGCAGGAAGGGUCUGCGGGAGGCCGAGGAGCACCUGGAGCAGAUGGACGUGCUGCAGGCCCGAGUCUCCACCCUGGAGGCGGAGCUAAAGAGGAAGGCACAGCAGUCGCGUCGUCCAAUCCUGAGCUCCGCGGAUGACGAGGGCCUGGACGACACGUUCAGUAUAGCCUCCCUGCUGUCAUAGCGCCACCUGCAGUUCGCCGGCUGCUAGAACGAGCGGGAGACCGAGAGACGGAGGGAUGUGAAAAGGAGGGAUGGAGGAAGAGAGAGAAGGAACAUGAUAAAUAAAGAGAGGGAGAGAUUUAGCAGCAGGUCUCUCCACCCCCCUCAGCAUUGAUGGACAGUGAUGAAGGGGUUACUCCACACUCACCACACAGAUAAUUUACUUUAGCAGAGCGCCCCCUGCUGGUGUCAGCCAGGUUGAGUCUUAAUAAUGUGUUUACUGCACUGAGCUUUGGGCUCUGUUCUACUGGGAAAGGGAGAGGGAUUCAUGGGAGCACUCAUGCUAGGGGUGGAGCCUGGUAGCACAGCAUCACCAUGGGGGGGGGAGUGGCUAGUUUGGGGGGAGGGGCAUUCUGCCGCGUUAGGUACGUUGUCGUGGUAACAUCGCACCCGAAAGGAAGCAGCCACUAGUAGUCGCAAUGCCGUGGCACAACGCGAAGACAAUCUCGGACGCAUCAGGGUCAUGCUUACAUUUUUCUAGACACUCAACAGCCGCGUUCAGACUGUGACCUUUCACACCUUCUGAAUUAGAGAAGAGGCCUUCACUGGUACCCUGUUAUGUCUGUCUCAGACUCUGCUGCAUUCAUACUCACUCACACACACACAGCAGUUCACCAACACACACUCAUACGUUCACACUAGUGCACAUUCACACUAGCGCUCACACUUACACACACAGGCUUAUCAGUACACCAACACACAGACUCAUACAUACACUCUAGCACGCACACACACAUCAUUCUACAACACACACUCAUACAUACACACAAGUGCACAUACACACUAGAGCACUCACACACACACACACACACACACACUUAUACAUAAUGCAUGCAUACACAUACACGCAAACUCUCACACUCAAGCACUCUCUCACACGCGCACAGACACACAGUUGGAACUGUUUCGUCAAUUUUAAACAGAAACGACAGCCACCCUUGAAAUGUUGAAAGUGCGAGCGGCAUGUUUAACUCCGGUCGGGUUCCACCUGUCCGAACACGUCGCUAGCCUUUACCUCAUUCCGCUGAGAGGCACUGGAAGCUUUUAACUGUUCCCCCCCCCCACUGAAUGUCGGUUUUAACUACGACUGUUUCUGGUUGUGGAGUUUGCGAUGUUUCGACACUGCUGUGCCUUUUUGAUUCGCUAUGGUAACGACGCGUGCACCUGUGUUUUUCUACUGACACAAACAACUGCCUUACCCGGUUACUCGGCAACAAAGUGUGAACAGUUUUGAUUGUGAAUUUAAUACUCUCUUUCUAUGAUCACCUGGUUCCCCCUCUUCACCUGUCACCAGUUGUUGCUAUGGAUAUGUGGUCCGGACUACAUAAGGCUGCCAUAACAGCUUCAUAGCGUGGCGUAGGUGCUUUAUUACGGUCUACGUAGGUUGCUUUUCACUUGAACAGGUUGGUUUUAUUUUCUCCUUCAGCAUCUAGGCCACAGAUGUCACUAUGUCAUCUGUCAUGAAGCUCUGCUGCUCUUUAUGAAUGCUUAAGUCAUGUCGGGCUUAUGAAGUAGUUACGCAUGUUUAUGAAGGACUUGUGAAGUUAGACUCCGCGUGGAAGGAUGUUGUGUGUGCAUUCAUUUUGAGGUUUUUUGCCAUCUUUCCCCUCUUUGUUAUUUUUUGUGGAUUCUUGCACCCUCUCCUUCUCUGUUUUUCUUUAGACCUUUUGUACACAGUCAUCUCUCCUUCCUCUCUCUACCUCUUUCCCUCUAUCUUUUUUUGGUUUUAUAUGCCUGAUGAGCUCCUGUUUUUAGAUCCAGUUACGACCUUCAUGUCUUUGCUGCUUGAUUUUCUCUCUCUCUCUCUCUCUCUCUCUCUCUCUCUGACACAUUCCUUGAAAUCAUGUGGAAGAAGAUAAAACUGUGAAUGUUUCACUCAUGCCUUAAUUGUAAUUUUAUUCAUGUUGAUGUUAUUGUUGUAUAAAGAGUAAUUAAUUUCUCAAAAUGAUCCUGAAAAUAAUUUUAUGACGGAUUACUAUUUUUGCUCGUUAAGUCCAGUUUGUUACUGUACACCUGACCUGUUACAACCAGAACACGCUUUCAACCUGUGAAUGGAUUGAUAUUGAAGAUCUGAGUUCGGUAAAUGAUGGUUAUAUCUACGUAGACAUGGGUUGUUUUAUUCAGCGUUACAUUUAACUGUUGUACUAGCUGUAGAAUGUUAUGAAAUGCAGAAGAUUUUCUGUACGGGCAGGUGAAUGAUGGGAGAUUGUUCUGCUUUGUACGGUGGAGUAUGCAGAGCAGAUUCGUUUGACAUUGUUUUUCUGCAUAUGUUAUGAAAUAAUAAAAUGUUCAGCGGAACUGUUUGUACGAAUGACCCUUUUUAACAUUAGUGUUGCUGUGUCGCUAAUAAACUUUGUGUAUCAAGCCAA